AUGGUGAAUCAAAACCGUUUACCGGCAACAUGGGCCAUUACAACUAAGGGUCGGUGGACAUUGUCAUCAUUUAAAGCUGCAUUAUUAUCAGAAUCGAGAAUGCUGCCACGAAUCAACGUGCUUUUGCAAGAACACAGGCCCCUGCAACAGAGAUCCCACUCGGAACCCUACUCACCUUUCCUCGGUACUACAACGAGUCGGUGCCAAUCUUUCAGAACCAACGCAGAGGGUAUCAUCAAACUUCCACCCUUACAACUUAGUUCGACGACAGGUUCGUUCUCCACACACGAUGGUACAUCUCUUCCGCAAGCGGUGCGAGCGCCGCUCGAAUCUUCGGCUGUGAUGAGUACUCCCAGAAGCGCGCUGAAAAGGAACCGUUCGUGUGAUGCUGUGCUAGAAAACUCUCCAACUCUACACCUUUAUAAACACGUUCAAACGGGCACCGAAUUAUCAGCUGCAAAAAAGGUACACCAUCCACAACGUGUACUCACACCAAUCUCUGCAGUCAAAACUCCAAGUGCGGACAGCAAAAAAGCCUUUGCAUUCAUUUCUCAUUCUCAAGACACUUUCCCAACCAAAGAACCAGCAAUUGAUAACGCUCCAUUGGCUAGGCGUAAAAGACGUAGGACCUCCAAGCACGAGCUCAAUAUUUUGCAAUCUGAAUUCGAAAAGUGUCCAACACCGAACAAGCAGAAACGGGUCAUGUUGGCUGAAAUGUGCUCUAUGUCCGAAAAGGCAAUUCAAAUAUGGUUUCAAAACAAGCGUCAAAGUGUCAAGAAGCAGCAGAAGAAUCAUAAUGACAUUCACUGCGAACCCGAUAAGGACGAUGAAGAUUUAACGUCGAAUUCGGUCCCCCCUGCCACCUCUCAUUUCUUGACACCGGCGGCUAUGAAACUUCAAGUUGAAAAUCAGAGCCAUCUGAAUACGCCAAUGUCGACAACCUUAGACACCAUAAGUUCCACACCUGGCACCAUGAUAUCGACAACAAGUCCCACGCAUUCGAAGUUACAGACUGCCACUCACCAACAAAUGAGUCGCGGACAAGCCUUGACAUUUCGUUUGAAGACAGACAACAAAACGUUGACUCCCAUUAAAACUUCACCUAAUAACAGGGUCAAUAAGCUGAUCAAUGGUAUAUCAACACCUAGAACGAGUGCAGAUGUAUCACCCACGCGUCAAAGAAAAGGUUUUCAAAAGCCGGACAGGGCGCCCUUGGGAAGACUUGAUAUCAACACGAUCAACAAUUGA